CUUUAACAGACUGCGAUGGAUUAAUUCUGUCCGCUUUCUCCUAACAACACAAACAGGCUGCGUGGAACUCUUACCAUCCUCACACUUCACCCCUGGGUUAAUACGUUACGGUCUAUUUCACAUCUCCGCAUUAUUGGUGCAUUAUAUCCACCCUGUCCCUGGCACAGUAAUACAUCAAAAUGCUAAGCAGACUUUUCCGACUCCACGGCCUGUUUGUGGCCUCCCACCCCUGGGAGGUGAUUGUGGCCACUGUGACUCUCACCAUCUGCAUGAUGUCCAUGAACAUGUUCACUGGCAAUAACUGCAUUUGUGGUUGGAACUUUGAUUGCCCCAAGUAUGAAGAGCAAGUCCUCAGCAGUGACAUCAUCAUUCUGACAAUCACAAGAUGCAUUGCCAUUGUCUACAUUUACUUCCAAUUUCAAAAUCUUCGGCAAAUUGGAUCAAAGUACAUACUGGGUAUUGCUGGGCUUUUCACCAUCUUCUCCAGCUUUGUGUUCAGCACUGUUGUGAUUCAUUUCUUGGAUAAGGAGCUGACUGGUUUAAAUGAGGCAUUGCCAUUCUUCUUGCUCCUGAUUGACCUUUCCAAAGCCUGUGCUCUGGCAAAAUUUGCUCUAAGUUCAAACUCACAGGAUGAAGUUAGAGAAAACAUAAGCAAAGGAAUGGCUGUACUGGGCCCAACGUUUACUCUGGAUGCUUUGGUGGAGUGUCUAGUGAUUGGUGUAGGGACCAUGUCAGGUGUUCGUCAGCUUGAGAUCAUGUGCGGCUUUGGAUGCAUGUCUGUCCUCGCCAACUACUUUGCCUUCAUGACGUUCUUCCCAGCCUGUGUCUCGUUAGUGCUUGAGUUAUCCAGGGAAAGCAGAGAGGGACAUCCUAUCUGGCAGCUGAGCCACUUCUCCCGUGUCCUGGAGGAAGAGGAGGACAACAAACCCAAUCCGGUUACACAGAGAGUCAAGAUGAUCAUGUCUCUUGGCCUGGUGAUGGUUCACGCUCAUAGCCGAUGGAUUGCGGAUCCUGCAUCUUCGAACAGAAGUCUGGAUGUUCCCCAAAUGGAAAUGAGUUUAAAUUCACCCAAGAGGAUUGAGCCAGAUAUGCCCUUGUGGCAGUUCUACCUGUCCAGAAUGAUCAGCAUGGACAUUGAGCAGGUCAUCACUUUAGGUCUUGCCCUUUUCCUGGCCGUGAAGUACAUCUUCUUUGAGCAGGUGGAAACAGAAUCUACGCUGUCUCUUAAAGUCUCUGCUCCCACCACCAUGCUCACACAACGAUGUCGUCCUGAUCAGGGCUGCAGGAAGGACGUGACUCGCUGCACUAUUAAGACUGAGAAGCCCACUGCUCCUCCACCUUCUCCUCCUGUCAUCACUAAAGAAGAAAGAGAUUUAGUGAUAAAGCCUUUGCCUAUGAAGAUUGAGCCAACUCCUAAAAGCAUGUUUGUGGUGGGAGAAGGGGAAACCAUGGACAGCAAUGUUGUGGUGGAGCCUCAGCCCAGCAUCCCGUCAGAGCCCAGGCCGGUAGAAACGUGCUUGACCAUCCUGAAAGACCCACAGAUGGGUGCCCGAUACCUGAGUGAUGCUGAGGUUAUGUUGUUAGUAAAUGCAAAGCACAUUCCUGCCUACAAGCUGGAGGCAGUAAUGGAGAACCCAGAGAGAGGGGUGAUGAUCCGUAGGAAGAUGCUCCACCCCAAGCUUCCUAAGACUUCUGCACUCACCGGCCUUCCAUACAAAGACUACAACUACUCUGAGGUGAUGGGAACAUGCUGUGAGAACAUCAUUGGUUAUAUGCCUAUUCCAGUGGGUGUCGCAGGUCCUCUGAUGUUGGACGGAAAGCAGUUCCAGGUCCCGUUAGCCACAACUGAGGGCUGUCUUGUGGCAAGCACGAAUCGAGGCUGCAGAGCAAUAGCGCUGUCUGGUGGGGUCAGCAGCAGGCUUUUGGCUGAUGGUAUGACCCGUGGCCCUGUGGUUCGCUUACCUUCUGCCUGCAAGGCUGCUGAGGUCAAGGCCUGGCUAGAGAGUCCAGAGGGCUACAAGUGCAUUAAAGAGGCAUUUGACCACACUAGUAGGUUUGCUCGUUUAGAGAAGCUCCUGAUUGGCCUUGCUUCACGUAACCUGUACAUCCGCUUCCAGUCCCAAACAGGAGACGCCAUGGGGAUGAACAUGAUCUCAAAGGGAACAGAACAGGCUCUGGCUAGGCUUAAAGAAGAAUUCCCUGAGCUGCAGAUCUUGGCAGUUAGUGGGAACUACUGCACUGAUAAAAAACCAGCUGCUAUUAACUGGAUUGAGGGCAGGGGCAAGUCCGUGGUGUGUGAAGCUAUCAUACCUGCUCGGGUUGUUGGAGAGGUUUUAAAGACUAGUACAGAAGCUCUGGUGGAUCUAAAUAUCAGUAAAAACCUUGUGGGUUCUGCCAUGGCAGGAAGUAUCGGGGGCUACAAUGCUCAUGCCGCCAACAUUGUUGCUGCCAUGUACAUCGCAUGUGGACAGGACCCAGCUCAGACAGUGGGCAGCUCUAACUGUAUUACUCUAAUGGAAGCAGCAGGACCCACAGGAGACGAUCUCUACAUCAGCUGUACCAUGCCUUCUAUCGAGCUAGGCACUGUAGGAGGAGGCACCAAUCUGGCACCUCAGCAAGCAUGUCUGCAGAUGUUGGGUGUGCAAGGUGCCAGUGAGAUGUGUCCCGGUGAGAAUGCCCGGCAGCUUGCCAGAGUCGUGUGUGCCACUGUGAUGGCAGGGGAGAUAUCGCUGAUGGCUGCUCUUGCGGCUGGACAGCUGGUCAAAAGUCACAUGACACAUAACAGGUCUAAAGUAAAUUUACAAGACACACCAGGAACCUGCACAAAACAAGCAUCUUGAGUCUUAAUUAGUGGGCACGAUUUAAGCACCACAAAAAGAAAAAGACUGAAAAGGGACAAGGACACACUUCAGGUGCAUUUGAUUACUUUUACUUGUGAGUAAAAGUCAAAUGAAUGGCUGCAAUAAAAAAAAUUCCAACACCCUGUCUAGGAGAAAUACGCUUUCAUUCUUACAACUGGAGUGGCACAGUCAUCUCAAAGACUGCUGAAAAAACAAUGCUGUGUAAUGUUCGGACAUUUUAGUUUUAGACAUCUCAGAACUGAUGCUGUUUCUGAUGCUGUCAGUGUUUGCUGGAUGCACUCAGAACGUAAUUUAUUUUUUCAUAUUUAUAGGAUUUUUUUUUUCUAUUCAUAGGAAAAAACAUAUUAUGAGCCAUAUUUGUUGUUACACAGAAUGUCGUGGAGAGCAAUCAUUCAUUAUUAUUUUACUUUAAAUUGCGAAAUCCAGCCUUGCAGUUAUUCCCAUGAUGUUUAUUUGAAUGAAUAUGGGUUUUACAGAAAUCAGUUGAUGUUAUUUAAUUAUUGACAUAUUGAUUAUUAUUAAUAUAGAGUAUGCAAGGUUUUGGCUAAAGGGAAAAUUGCAAACUAUUUUCUCAAGGUGCUAUAAUUAUGCAUUGCUUGUUUGUGGAAAUACAGCAAAAACUGUCUAUGUUCACAGGGUGUGUACAUUAAUACACACCAACUUAUGCUUACUGACUUUGCUAAUAUGGUACAACUAAUUGUGAAAAGAAACAUGAGCUACUGUCCAUGCAAUAUUUUUUCAAAUGCUCACUCCCACCCAUAUGAUACAAUAUAAUGAACAAGUUUUACGUUUUUAUAAUUGAAACAUAAAA